AUGGUGAAUGAUUCUUUAGAUGGAUUCCUAGCACUUGUUGGGAAAAACAGGUGCUUCUCUGGUCGGAGAGCAGAUGAGGGCUCGCAGCCGCGUGCGCUCCCGCGGAGGUGGGGGACCCUUGCCACUCCCCCGUUCUAUGCCCGCCCGCGGGCUUCCGACCGCACCUGCUCCCCCGGCUCGGAAACGCGGGCCGGGUGCCCGGCUGCAGGCAGAGGGUGCCCGGGGGAGGAGGUCCCGAAAGGCUCCUCCACACGCCUGCACCGGCUGCCCCCUCCCCAGUCACGUGGCCCGGUGGGUGGGGACCGACCUGCAGUUGUAAAAAUCCCGACCGCUCCCAACUUCGGAGGGAGCCGCCAGUCCUCCGGGCCCUGGCGGUGGGCGCUGGAGCCCCGGCAGGCGGCGUGGAGUGUACAAGUGAUUGCACAGAACAGCCAGAUUACAGAAACCGAGGCAGACCGAGGUAGGGCUAGGAGAGCUGCAAGCACUGGGCAACCCCAUAAUAUUCUGCAGAGGCGCCUCAUGGAAACCAACCUGUCUAAGCUCCGAAGCGGCCGUGUCCCUUGGGCCUCUAAGACGAACAAACUCAAUCAGGCUAAGUCUGAGGGGCUAAAGAAGUCUGAGGAGGAUGACAUGAUUUUGGUUUCUUGCCAGUGUGCUGGAAAGGAUGUGAAAGCCUUGGUUGACACAGGCUGCCUAUAUAAUCUCAUCUCUUUGGCCUGUGUGGACAGAUUGGGACUCAAGGAGCUUGUCAAAUCCCACAAGCAUGAAGGAGAAAAGCUUUCUCUACCCCGGCAUCUCAAAGUAGUGGGCCAGAUUGAACACCUAGUGAUCACACUGGGCUCUCUCUGCCUGGACUGCCCAGCAGCUGUGGUUGAUGACAAUGAGAAGAACUUGUCCCUUGGUCUACAGACUCUCCGAUCUCUGAAGUGCAUCAUAAACUUGGAUAAGCACCGGCUGAUCAUGGGGAAGACAGACAAGGAAGAAAUCCCUUUUGUGGAGACAGUCUCUUUGAAUGAAGACAACACUUCAGAAGCAUAACUACAGCCUGCAGCAUGUCUGCACAUGUGCAUACACACCGGGUCGACAGAUUGAGAAAACUGGGUUUGAACCAAAUGCCGUAGCAACUUGCUGUGGACCAAGUCCUUCCAUUUAAUAGAAGCUCUAGGGGCUCCUUCCCAUUCAGACCUCUCUAGACUAUAGUCUAUGCUUAGAGAUCUUGUCUGGUUAUAGCCAUUGUUUUUUACUCCUUUGAUCACUUAAUUUAUAGACCUUUUUUGACACUGCCAGUCUCACUUGUGGCCUAUUUCUCUGCUGCUUCCAGGAAUUUGCUUUUAUUAGUCAAGUAUAGGGGCUGCCAGGUUCUGUGUCUCCAUAGAUAUAUUUGCUUCUUUUCCUAUAGCUAAAAUGUAUAAUAAACAGGAACCUGACCUUUACCUCCUUUCAGCUGUUUCAAACAGGUGCCAGGAUACCUAUGUCUUGGAAUUAGAGUUUCUUCAAAUUGAUUAAUUGAUUUUUCAAGUAUGGAUUACGUGAAAGAGCCCAGGGACAUCAUCUAUUACAGUUUAACUCUUUCAUUUAAAGGUCCAGAGAGGCAAGUGAAUUGUCUAAGUUCAUAUAUUAGGUCAGUGACUGAAGGGACUGAGAACGCAGACCUGAUUUCCAAGCCAGGACUCCCAUGGUGCCUCAUUUGUAUUCAAGCCUUUAACAGGAGGGCAAAGAGGUGAGAAUGUGUU